AAGUAGACUAUGGAGCAGAGCAGUUCAACUUGAACGACCCUGCUAACCACACCACCAGCGGGCUGAAUUCAAAACCGGAACGCUGGUGUGCAAUUUCGAGCGCCAAAUUUCAUCAGAAUGGAGAAAAAUUCAACGUGUUUACCGAAAAUUGGUACCGGAUCGCUGGGUGUCGCCGAGGCGCAAUCCACCUGGAGCCGGAUGCGCGUGAAGAACAUCCUGAACGCGAAGGGCUACAUCGUCGGACGGUGCAUCGGGUCGGGCUCGUACUCGAAAGUGUACCAAGCCGUCUACCGUCCGGUGAUGCUCGAAACCGGCCCCGGCCACGCCAUCGCCCUGAAGCUGAUCGAUCGGCGCCGAACGUCCAAGGACUACGAGCGCUUGCUGCCGCGGGAAACGGUCGCCAUGCUCGCGCUGAACCAUCCCAACAUCGUGUCGGUAAUGUCGAUCCAGGAGUACGGGCCGUUCGUGUGCGUGUUUAUGGACUUUUGCCGGUGCGGUGAUCUGCUGCAGUACGUGCAGGUGCGCAAGCGAAUCUCGGAGCGCCGGUCGAAGCUGUUCUUCCGGCAGCUGGUACGGGCGGUACAGUACAUGCACGACCAGGGCUUCUGCCAUCGCGACAUCAAGUGCGAGAAUGUGCUGCUCGCCAGCCAGGACUAUGUGAAGCUAACCGAUUUCAGCUUCGCCAAACGGUGUAGCGAACCGAAGCGUGGAGCCAGCGAGCUGAGCACGACGUACUGCGGUUCGAUUGCGUACACUGCGCCCGAAGUGCUCAAAGGCAUUCCGUACGACCCGAAGGCACACGACAUGUGGUCGCUGGGGUGCGUGCUGUUCAUCAUGGUGACCGGCACGAUGCCGUUCGAUGAGAGCAAUAUCGCGAUCACGAUAGGGCACCAGGAGCGUAAGCAGUACGGCUAUCCGCCGGGUGUGAAGCUGAACCCAGCGAUACUGGACCUGAUUGACCGCAUGAUCGAACCGGACGUUAGUGUGCGUGCUACGAUAGGGCAGGUGGCGGAAGACUCGUGGGUUUUGGUGUGAUGUGCCUGUCGGUUGGACUCAUGGGGCUACUCACCACGGAUGUAACGAUCAGGGCGAGCACUACUAUGAUGACCAGCAGUGCAAUCAGGAUCCCUCGCCAGUUCCGCUGGUUCGGAUUGGCCGAGACGAGCUGUGAAGGAAGAAAGCAAGAGAAAAACAAAAAAUCAAAUUAGAACAAGGGAGCCAGAAUUGAGAUGACCUUGAGUGGGAAUUCCGUGUUUUCUUGUGCGCUAAUUCCACAGCCAAUUGAAGAUUCCUGCCAAUGCUGCGGGAUGCUGCGCUGUGUUGUGCGGGUGCAUUAAUUAAAAGUUACGUCCAGGAAGUUCGGAAUAGAUUAUCCCGAAUCCCCAAAAAGACAAUAAAGCUUAAAUUGAGUUGCAAA